AUGGAUACUAUUGACAAACUUGAAACUAUUUCUGGUUUACGAAAGAGGAAGUUUCGGUCUAAGAUCCCAAAGUUUAAAUUUCUUUCCAAGCUCUUUAACAAGAAGAAAGCUAUUAUCAAGGAAUUGGAAAGCAUCUUAAAAAGUAUCAAGAAGAUCAAGAAAUUGAAGGCUGAGACCCCAGAGAUUUCUACAAGAGGUCUAUCAGAAAAGAAAGAUGAAAUUAUAGAAAGUCUUUUAGUCAAGGUGUUUGUUGCUUUGAAGGACAGUGAAUUGAUAACCCCAAUGCUAGAGUUCUCUCUCACUGACGAACAAGUAAGAGGAGGAUUAGUCAAGACCACCGUUGACCUUUUGAAGGCAAAUGUCAUUCCAUGGGAAGAAAUAUUCACAGCCUUAAAGGAAAGUGGAUUAGCUGUUGAAGUUGUUCGAUUCUUAUUAACAGACCCUGAAACUAUAGAAGGAGAAAUUGACUUAAUUCUCGAAUUGAUUCCCAGAUUGAUUGAAGAAAAAGUCAUCAAUCUCGAAGACUUGUUGAAGAUUUUACCCCAUACCUAUACCACCACUACGAAAACUGGUACUACUACCACUGAAACCAUCAGUUUUCCCUCUGGUGGGGAUUCUGUCCUUGUUGAACUCCCUAUCACAACAUUGUUGACAUUUUUCGCAACCAACCAAACUUUGGUCGUUCCCACACCAACACCUACAGUCAAUGGAUUUUUGUGA